AGAGAUUUCCAACUGGACUUUGCAUUAAAGGACGAGCGGACAACUGUCCCAGAAAAAAUAAUUGUCUCCUUCCCACCACGCUUCAACGAGAUUUUUCAAAAGGACGCUUUAAACAUGACAUCCGCUCGCAUUGCGUCAUCUAUUUUGCUCCUGGUGCUGAUGCAGUCCGAAGCCGGGCUUUGCGCGCGGAGGUUCCGGGGUGGCCGCAACCCGCAACCACGACGCGCGCCGCCGCCUCCCACAUACCGGGCGGCGGCGAACAACCGGGGUGACACCACGGAGAGCUUUCCACUGGAUUUCACCGCCGUGGAGGAGAACAUGGAUAACUUCAUGACGCAAGUCAAGAACCUGGCGCAGUCGCUGUAUCCGUGCUCGGCGCAGAAGCUCGACCACGACAUGCGGCUGAACUUUUUGGAGAACGCUUCAGUCACCUGCAACGACGGAAGCCCUGCAGGGUAUUACCUGAAAGAAUCCAGAGGAAGCAGACGCUGGUUGAUAUUUCUGGAAGGCGGCUGGUACUGCUUCAACAAAGAGAACUGUGACAGCCGAUAUGAGACCAUGAGGAGGCUAAUGAGCUCAUCCAAGUGGUCUCAAACUAAAACAGGCACCGGGAUCCUGUCUCCGCUCCCCGAGGAAAACCCUCACUGGUGGAAUGCCAACAUGGUGUUUGUCCCGUACUGCUCCAGCGACGCAUGGAGUGGCGCCACCGCCAAAACAGAGCAGAGUGGCUAUGCUUUUAUGGGCUCGCUGAUAAUUCAAGAGGUCGUAAAAUCCUUGCUUAAAAAGGGCCUGGACAACGCCAAGGUUCUGCUUCUGGCCGGGAGCAGUGCUGGAGGGACAGGGGUCCUGCUGAAUGUAGAUCGUGUGUCAGAGCUGCUGGAAGGACUGGGACACACUGCAAUACAAGUGCGGGGCCUGUCGGAUUCCGGCUGGUUCUUGGACAACAAGCAAUAUGACUUUACCGACUGUCUGGAUGCGAUCAGCUGUGCCCCCACGGAGACCAUCAAGAGAGGCAUAAAGUACUGGGGAGGAGUGGUACCCGAAAGGUGCAAACAAAUCCAUGAAGGAGAGGAGUGGAACUGUUUCUUUGGCUAUAGAGUCUUCCCUACUAUAAAAAGUCCAGUGUUUGUGGUCCAGUGGCUGUUUGACGAAGCUCAGUUGACAGUGGACAACAUUCAGCUGACAGGACAACCAGUGCAAGAAGGCCAGUGGCGUUAUAUCCAAAAUUUGGGCAUUGAGUUAAGGAACACUCUUAAGGAUGUCCCGGCUAUGUUUGCCCCAGCAUGCCUCUCACAUGAAGUUAUCACAAGAAAUUACUGGACUGACGUGCAGGUAAAAGGCACAUCCUUACCCCGGGCUCUGCACUGCUGGGACCGCAGCCUCCACGACAACAGGAACAACAAAGCCCCGCCUAAAGGUUGCCCAGUGCAUUUGAUUGACAGCUGCCCGUGGCCACACUGCAACCCCACCUGCCCUACCAUCCGAGACCAGUUCACAGGCCAGGAAAUGAACGUCAUUCAGUUCCUCAUGCACAUGGGCUUCGACGUGCAGAAGAUGGCCCAGCAGCAGGGCAUGGACCCCAGCAAGCUAUUGGGCAUGCUUAGCAGUGGCAGCUAAGGGGACGGACCAGCGCACUAAAAAACACACUUACAGUAUGUUCAAGCUAAAGCCCAAGUAGGGUUGUGGCUGUUUUUUGUUUUUUUGGCCAGUAUCCAUACCUGAUACCUCCAACCACCCUUUUUACAUAGUUUAUCCCCUUCUGAUCUACUGUUGUUAUGAACCUCAACAUUAAGAACAGGGCUCAUACAUGUCCCAUAACCCUUCCCUCACAACUCACUGCUGGUCACAAAUACUGGGGUUCCAGACAAGGUACAACUAUUUAUACUCAAAUUGUAAUCCAGUUUUAAGGAUCUUAAUGCUUUGUUUGAUAUUGUGGAUUUAAUUAUGUUAAAAACACAGUGUCUUCUGUUGACUUGACGACUGUAGCGUUAUAAUGAGCUAUACACACACACCAGAGUGCCAUGUAAACCCCCCACAAAAACAUACUGUAGUCUUGUAAGGUACAGUACUUUUACAAUCCUCAGAUUAAGGCAGUGAACAUCUAAAGGGAGACAAAUGUUAUGUAUUGUACAUGUUUAGAGUAUUUGUAUAGGUUCUUUCAAGUGUUCACAACUCCAUUAUUAUGUAUUUCAUAAUAGAGAAUACCUUUUAAUAUAAUGGCAAAGCUGUAUGUAAUGAUGUCUUUAUAAGUGAUGUCUUUAAAGGACCUCGUUCUCACACCAUCCACCGAAGGAACGGUAUUACUAAUUGUAAUUUUAUUCUGUAACAUAUUUUUAACAGGAGAAACUACAUUGGUUAUUUACAUAUUUAUUUUGUUAUGUAAAUCAUAUUUAUAAGUGCUAUUUUUGCAAGGAAGUGAUUCUUUGUCAAUUGUAAAUACAUGGGUGUGUUUUUCUCUUUGUGUUGACUACAUGUCUUUGUAUCAGACCGAAAAGAAAAGACACAUUACAUACGUACAAAAGAAAGCUGUCUUAUUUUUGCUUUGUUUUUGAUCAUGCAGGCAUACCAUUACCUUUUAUAAUUGAGCAUUUUUACUUACAGUACCAGAAGAGUGGAAAACAAGUUGCCUCUAUAUUUAAACUAUUAUCAUAUAUAUUUGAUUUAUGACACCAAAAGACUUCCAAAGUUUGCAAAUAAAUAGAUAUGAUCAAAAUAAAAUCAAUCUCACAAAAAUUCUCAAGUCGUUUUGAGAGUUCAUGAGGAAACGUUCCUAACGUUACGUCACAGGAUCCGUGACGUAGCGUUCGGAACCACAGAACUCUUCCCCAUCAACAACAAUGCUAAUCAUGCAGACUUUGACAGCAAACAAUAAAAACAUUGGAAAAAAUUAAGAUCCAGAACCUUAUAUUAUUGAGCCCGAACACAAAGAGGAUGAGCAAUAAUUUUAGAAGCCUAGUGCUGAACGGAGGCAGCUUUAUUGUAACACAAUAGCAUCAGCAGCAUUGCUCGGGGCUAAACAUACACAAUAACCAUAAUAAAACAAACACUUACGGUACAAUUUCCACUCUCACUAUGAUGCCGACCGACAGGACGCUCACAUAAUUCCGUUGACAUAAAAAUUUGAUUGUAAUCCUCACGAAGGGUCUAAAAAAGUUGCCCCAACUACCUCUUUCUAUCCAUCUCAGGGGAUGUUAAAGUUGACCAGCCUCUCGUCUAUUGCCACAUUUGUCUACCAACAGGUGAGAGCUGCAUGAAUUCAAAUCUAGAAUUUACUUUUAGCAAGGUUUAGACGAAGCAGAAGACAAUAGCAGCGUAAGCUAGCAUUAUCUCACUGCUAUCAAUGCGCCGCUAAAAUAGGCCGUCUGCAUUGGCGCCUAUAAUAACAAUAUCACUCAUAUUUAGUUAAUUUUCAGGUCACCAUGGAGUAUUGUUGGCGGUUUCUGGAUGUUUUUCCGAAGGUUUAAUGGGCGCAAUAGAGGACUCUCGAUCUGUUGAAUCAAUUGUUAGUAGCUAACAAUUGAAUUGUUAGCUAUUUAUUUACGAU